ACUACGCUGGUGUAAAAUUUAUAAAACAUUAGAGGGAGCAAGGUUUUGCUUUAUCUGAAAGUAAACGAGGAUGUCUGAUGCGAGAAAAAAAGAACUUCAUAGCGGAUCUGAUGAAGUAUUAGAUGAUCAAACAGUAAAAUUAAUAAAGUCAAGGGCAGAUAAGGAAGACAUCAAUGACGAAUGUUCAUCUGUAAAAGCGUCAUUGGAAGAAUCAUUUAAGAAACAUGGCGUAAAAGGAAUAUCAGCUGCGAUCAAAGACAAAAUGGACAACUGGGAAAACGAAAAACUAAACAUUGCUGUAACAGGUCGAUCUGGCGUUGGCAAAUCAUCUUUUAUCAAUGCUAUUAGGGGUGAUAUAGACGAAUCACAGCCGGGUUACGCAACGGUUGGCAAUAAUGAAUGCACCAAACAAAGAAAGGCUUAUCCACACCCUAACAACAAGCUUCUGAUAUUUUGGGAUCUGCCUGGAGUUGGCACAGACACAUUUCCAAGAAAUACGUAUCUCAAACAUCCGGAAAUAAGAUUCCAAAUGUACGACAUGUUUAUUAUAAUGGCAUGUGACAGAUUUACUCAGGAUGAGUCUUGGUUAGCUGAAGAGAUAAAAAAGACUGGAAGACCAUAUCUUUUUGUACGUUCAAAAGUUGAUGCACAAAUUGACAGCGAUGCCAUCCGGAAAAGAAAAGCUAUGAAACCACACAAUCCCUUGACGGUUAUUGAUGAAAUCCGUGAAGACUGCAAGCAAAACCUUGGACAAGAAAAAAACAUUUAUUUGAUUAACAACAAUGACAUUUUUUCUACAAACCUGGAUUUCGAAAAGUUGUUCCUUCAUUUGGUUGACGGCUUUUCGGAACUUAAGAGUGAGGCUUUCUUAUAUUCGAUUCAUAUUUUUACACCAGAAAUACUACAGCGAAAAAUAAAUUCGCUCCGUAAAAGAAUAUGGGGAAUGGGCGUAUUAUCGAGUCUUUCAGGUGCAAUUCCUAUUCCAGGAACAUCCCUCGUUGCAGAUGGUUUGCUUAUAGCAAACGAGACACGUUUAUACCGCAAACAACUUGGGCUUUCGAAUGAUGAUAUGCAAUCACUCAGCUUAAUGAUGAAUAUGCCUAUUGAUAUUUUGGCAGACAAAUAUUCAUUAAAAUCACUUGCCCUUGCUUGUACCGCAAAAGGGGUCAUGGCAUCGAGUGUUUUGAUUUGUUCUGAAGUUGUAGAAUCGGCGGUUGGUUUGGCAGUUCCUGUGAUAGGUAUGCCUAUCGGUGCGGUUGUAUCUUUCGCAACGACAGUGAAAUUGCUCCGCUCUAUUCUAUCGAUCUUAGAGGAAGAUGCACGUAUCGUAUUAAAACUAGUUAUGUCACACACCAUGAACAACAUGCAAAAUGACGUUGAUAUAAAUAAAAAACCGGGUGAGUGACUGAUUUGCUUACACAUAAAACUAAAACAAGAUUUAAAA